AUGGCCCCCUCCCAGCCGGUCGCGUCGCCCAGACCGAGUCGUGGUCUCAGUUUCGGAGGCAGGUCUGAUAAAUCUCGCCGGUCGAGCAAUUCUGCCAGCAAUAAAAUCUCUCUCAGGGAGUCUUCGGAGGAGAAGCACAGGCGCAGUUUACAUACCAAAGCCGAUCCAACGCUUGCUAUGAACGAAGCGCAACCAGCGGCUGUUGCCCUCGAACAGUCGACCCUGGGCUCUUUAAGAGCUAUGCAGCACAAAGACCGAUUUGGGCAGAUUAUCACUGAACCCGAUCUUUCCAAUCCCACUCGUCCUCGAUUUGAACGUCCAUUAGAGACCAUCCGAGCUUUUGAAGCUGCUUUUGAAGGGACGUACAGUAGUAGGCCCGUUUCGUGGGCGAGAACAGAGUCACCUAACGGUGGAGAGCACAACAAACGUGGCAGCUACUAUGGAGAGUCCAGCCGUGGAAACGGGUACCAUCCAAACAGAGGAUACAGUGAUCAGAGCGGAUACUUCAAUCAACGGGGAACCUAUUCGCGACCAGAGAGUUACGUCGAUACUUACAAUGGCCAGCCUCAAGAUAAUGGCUACUACCCGUACAACCAAGGCGGCGGUCGUCGACCACGACCCAACCCGCGCGUGUAUACCGAUCAAACAGGAUACAGCACCGGCUCGAACGGGUACGCACAACAUUCACACCAGAAGUCCUUCGAUAAUAUCACUGCGGCCUCUGGGUCCGGUGGAAGCCACACAGAUGCCUGGGGCAAUUCGACCGACCCCAGCUCCGUGAACAGUUCGAUCGACCAAUUGUCCCAGCAGCUACAAUUUGGACAGCAAGGGUUCAAUUCUCAACACAAUCUCAAUGGCUAUGCGCCGGCACCUUCAAAAGCUCCCGUACAUAGCUUCAGCCAAGCACCAGCCUUCGAUCCUAACGCUGGGGGCCCUGUUGGCGGCACCCCAGCCGCCGCGUCAGCGCCCAACCGUCGUCAACUGCGAAAAUCGGUGAACAUGUCCGAUACAGGAGAUAAGCGAAAGAGUUGGUUCAAGCGCAAGUUUGGCAAGGAUUAA